GCAUGCAUUAGCCAGACAGCCGCACGGAAAAUGUCAAGUGACGAAGCAUCAUCACCUUACGACUCAGACUCAUCGGAGUCAUCGUCAUCAGAAGAAGAACAGCAACAAAUUGCAAAGCCAGUAUUCAUUUCCAAGAAAAAUCGAACGGAAUCACCACAUCAAGCAAGCACCGAAGAUGAAGAUAAGCGAAAGCGAGAAGUGCUUUUGUCUAAACUAUCAACUGAUCAAACGAUUACAUCUGAAGGGGAGACAAAUAAACCUUCAAAUGAAGAUUUUGAUGGCAUUGAUGAUACCGAUGACUUGAAUCCUGAAGAAGAGUACAAUGCUUGGAAACAACGGGAGGUGAUGAGAUUUAAUCGUGAUCAACAGUUGAUUAUCGAAAAGGAAAUUCUCAAAGAAGAAGCGUUGCAACGUGCAAAGAAGUAAAAAGGCUAUGUUGGUGAAAGUCACCACCACCAUCAUCAUAUUAUGUAUAUCGCCCUGUCCAAGACAAAACCAAAAAAAGAUUUAAUUUUCACAAUCGUUCUUCCUUGAACACACACCAACAAUGUCUGAACUAAUUCCUCUACCACAAACACUAAUUCCGUUCCUAGAACCAUACUUUCCCAAUGAAUCAAACACCAAUCACCCCAAAAAGCCAUUUGUCACCCUCACCUAUGCCCAAUCAUUAGAUUCAAGAAUCUCAGCUAAACCAGGAACCCAAACCAAAUUGUCCCACCUCGAAACGAAAACAAUGACCCACUACAUACGCACACGCCAUGAUGCUAUUUUAGUAGGAAUAGGAACAAUUCUUGCCGAUGAUCCCAAAUUGAAUUGUCGUUACCCAGAAACAAAGUCGCAACCGCGCCCAGUCAUAAUUGAUCCUAAUGCCAAAUGGAAAUACCAAGAUUCGACAUUACGCAAGAUUUGCGCCGAGGGGAAGGGAUUGGCCCCUUUUAUAAUCGUUGACGAGUCGGCUGGGAUUGAUUCUGAAUCUCACAAUUGUGUCUUGGAACAAGGUGGGAAAUACGUAAGCUUACCUUUAAUUGGAAACACUUCCAACUGGGCUAUUAUCCUUGAUUCCUUGAGACAAUUGGGUAUAAAGUCGGUCAUGAUCGAAGGAGGAGCAAGAGUCAUUAAUGAUCUACUCGAUUUUAACAAAUUUUCAGAGAAACCUAUAAUCGAUUCAAUAAUCAUUACUAUCGCACCAGUAUAUUUAGGAAUUGAAGGAGUACAAGUGAGUCCGUCACUGAGAGUAGACAUUACAGAUGUAAAAUGGUGGCAGGGGGAACAAGAUAGUGUACUUUGUGGAAGACCAUUACAAUAAACAUAUAUAUUAAUUAAUCUUUUUGCGUUUUCUUUUUCUUUCUUAUAAUACACAGAACACACCGAUUACAAACAAAUUCUAUAAGAUGCAUAUCUUCCAGAAGUCUCUGAUCUUCUAAUAAUCUUGACAACCUCUCCUCUCUUCAAUCCCAAGUAUCUAGCCACUGGAUCCUCUCUUUGGAUUCUUGGCAAUUGUGAUUCCUUUAAUCUAUAUCUUUCCAACAAUUCCUUCUUUUCGUCUUUGCUCAACUUGAUGUGUUUAGGCACCAAUUCGUGAUGGGUGAUAUUCACUACUAAAUCACCUUCUUGGAAUGUUUCAAUGGAGGCUGGGGAAACAGUAGGAAUCAACUUGUUGGCACUUGGAGUAAUGGAGUUUUGGUAAAUGAACAACCCAGUACUGAAGUUCUUUUCAGUAAUGUGAAUACAGAAAUUACGCAUGGUCUUGAUCCCGACACUAGCUUCGUCACAGAAUUCAACCCAUAAUGCUCCUAAAUCAGGAAACUUCUCCAACGAUUCACCGGUAGGCUGGGCUUGGAAACACAUUAGUUUACGUUGAGGAACACCCAUGGAGUCACAAACUUUAGCUCUGAAUUCAUCAAGAGUCAUAUCGAUUUCUUCUUGGGUGAUGUAGUAUCCCUCUAUCUCUGACCAUUUCCUUGACGGUCUUGAACGAUCUGAAUAAUCGUGAAAUAACUCUAUCGUUGUCGUCCAUUAUGUAUGAUAUAUGCUAUAUGUAAGUGGGAGGAUGAGCUGGAUUGACA